AUGUCAAGAAUCGUCUUUUCUGAAAUAACUGGCUUCACUCCAGAUGACGCUUUCAUCUACCCCUCUAAUUCAGAAUCAGACGCUGGGUCCGACUCUGGGUCUGGGUCCGACUCUGUGACCUCUAAGCGUUCUGAAAGAAGAGCUAGGUAUCCAAUGACCAUCACCAUCAUGAAUACCAGAGGCCAAUCCAACAACUGUCAGCUAGGUAAGCUCAGUUGUGUCUUCACCGGCACUUGGGACGCCUUCGGCUGCCAGAACGCGUUACUCUGCCAAACAGCCGAGAAACGCUGUUUGCGCGAGCAAUCGAGAAGCUCGGGCACUGCAGCACUGCUCCGCGUUUUGGUAGAGCAACGUUGCAAUGUUGAUGGCAGCCGGACGCAGCCUAAUUAUCAGGCCACACAAUUUGGGUCUUACUGGUGCCACAUCGCGUUCUUAGGUGUUUUUCCAACCGACACGGUAUCCAACAUCUUUCAUCGUCUGCAACGCCAACGUCGGGUGCCUAAGCUGAAGCGGGGCCAGUUCUUCCUCUGCCGUUCCUCCCUAGGCUUCGGUGUGCUCCACAAGUCGGCUACCCUCGAGGAUGAAGAUGUUAGUCCUGACUCCGUCCUGUUCCUGCUGGCUCGAUAUGAGAGUGGUGGUUUACAGCUCAAGAGACCCGAGGGGGCUCGUGUGCUCCGUCCCAGACCUCCCAGAACUACCAACCCAGCCUUUUCCUCCAAUACGCCGCCCGCCUUCACUUACUCUGGAGAAGAUCCCGCCCUUGUUAUCAAGAGCAAGUGUACUCUUGACAGCCUCAUAGACGACUACGUUGAUUCUUUCGAGGGCUGUGGAAUUGAGGACAAAGAUGAGAAGGGCUAUAUCAGCGCGAAAUUGAGGGAGGCUUUGGGAGAGAUGUUCUUGGUGCCGGAGGGAGUGAGAAAGAACAAAAGUGGGGAAGAGAGCGAGAAGGAAGGGGAGGACCGGGAGGACCGGGAGGAUGGAGAGGACGGGGAGGAUAGGGAGAAUGAGGAGGACGGAGAAGACGAGGAGGACGGAGAAGAUGAGGAGGACGGGGAGGACUGGGAGGACUGGGAGGACGGGGAGGACGGGGAGGACGGGAAGGGAGAGGAGGGCGAGGAGGGCGAGGAGGGCGAGGAAGAAGACAAGGAGGACAAGUACAAGGGGCGAGUGGCACAAGCGGGCCCAAAAGCUCUCUACCGUGAGGUUGAGAUAGAGGAUGUGGUGACGAGUCAAGAGAGGGAAGAGGGUGAGGUCUCAGAUGAUGACUUCAAGCCGAGUGCUCAGGGCUCUCAGUACUCCGUUAUCAGCGAUGAUGACUUGGAAGACGGUGAAGUCUCUGGCUCCGAGGCGCAAGACUUCCCGACUGUCUCUGAAGCUGUCUCUUCUGAGAUCGCUGCUCAUGUAGCAAGGGAAGAAGGUGGAUCUGAAGCAUCGGAAGAUGAUGACCCACCAGCACCGGCCUACCGACAAUCAUACAUGGCAAAUAAACGAACACUUCGCAAUCCAAAACAGGACUGGCAGAAAGUGGACGCUGACAUUGCUUCUUCAACGCAAGCUGUCUCUCAGGUCUCAGGGCCUACUGCAUCUAGCCUGAAGAGAAAGAGGCGAGGUAAACAAUCCUCUUCCAACUUCCUUGCUAAGCAGCAGAAACGCCACAAACCAAAUGAUGAGGAUCGAAGGCAGAAGAGGCUACAUCGGCGAAUGCUUGACAGCGCGACCUUAAUGCAGGUAACUUCCUUUAGGCUGCUAAAGGAGGCAGGUGUCACCAAAACUGGAUGGCAUGGCCUUCCUCCACCUCCUUUGGCCCGUAGGACUAUUUUGAGCCAAUGGAAUUCUGGGAAAAUUAAAGAGCACUUGACAAAGUUUACCCUCAUUCCUUACUAUGAAGAGGAUCCUGUUCCGGUGUGGCUUUUGGAUGGAGAUUCCCUAGGUUGGGGUUACCGAACGGCCAAGGCUCCCUGGCUGGAGGCCCUUGGUCCUGAUAUAGCUUGUGCAUUCGAGCGAUUGGCGAUGUAUGACAUCAACAAUCUUGCCGUUAAGAAGGAGUGUAAAGGGGGAACUCGGGGAGAUCAUGUUCCUAUUAUCAUUGGUCAUUAUCGACAAUCUGCUAAGGUCCCUUCCCUUACAGGAUGGCAUAAAGGCAAAGAGAAACUCAUUUCUGCAUUCAUGGCAGACCCUGCCAUUCAACGACUUCAUCAAUUUGUGUCCAAGGUAGUAGAAUUGGCCUUUCCAGGUAUCGCGGACCGUUUUAGGCGCUGUGCUGCCUGGCAUAAGGAGAGGCAUGGAAUAGAGCCGAUGUUUGGCCUUUUCUGGAACUUCUGCCUCAACGGGAUCCUGAUUGAUCAGAGACGGGUCCACUGUAGGCCCCACGCUGACUCUAAGAAUCCUAUUGGAGUUUGUGCCUUAAUGACAUAUAUUACCUGGGGAUCAUACUUUAACGACACUGUUCGUUCCUGGCUAGUAAUUUGGGAGGCUGGUGUCAUCAUUCAACUUCCCCCAUGGGUCCUUUUUAUCUAUCCAUCUUCCUUGUUCUAUCAUUUCAAUAUUGAUAUCCAUGAUAUAAAGUUUGUGACUACGGAUGGGGAGGACCUUCCAACUCCAGAGAAUUCCAAGCCUAUACAAGAUGGAGAUGAUGAUGGUAGGGGCAGUGUUGUAUGGUUCAACAUGGCCACCAUGCUUCAGUCUUCAGAGUCAGGUGCCGAUACUCUGAAGGAGGUCAGAGAGAGAGGGGAGUCAGGCUACGCAGAAAUGACUGUGCAGGAGGCUUUUGAGUAUAUUGCUAUCAGAAAGCCUGUUCAACCAAGGAAGUAG